GUGUUUCCCCCGGGUGUGGGUUGUAAAUCUGAUCCCGUCGGUCUAGCGAGUACAACGACUUCCGGUCGAAAGUCCCAGCUGUUGGCGGACAUAGACAAAAUCAGGCGUGAUAUCCAGGAGGUCUUGUCGGGCGACAUUGACAGCAUUGAUAAAAUGCCGGCGGCUUUGGAUAAAUUGAAUGCCGUGGAUUCUGAAGUGAAGGAACUCCGUAAAGAAAUCGAGCAGUUAUCGAAACAUGUGAUUGGAGCACUUGGCAAACUGGAAGCCCGACUGAACGGCCUGUCCCUUGCUCCUGCCUCUGGUGCUACCCAGGAUUCCACACACGCUAAAAAAGUGGCUGGGGAUGCCGACAAAAAGGAAACAACCGAAAAGAAAGAUAACGAUGACAUCGACUUGUUCGGCUCUGAUGAAGAGGAGGAAGAUCCCGAAGCUAUCAAGCGUCGAGAGGAACGUCUUGCCGCGUACGAAGCGAAAAAGGCAAAGAAGCCUGCUUUGAUCGCCAAAUCUAUGAUCAUUCUGGAUGUUAAACCUUGGGAUGACGAAACUGAUGUGAAAGAAAUGGAAACCAAGAGCGUGCACGGAAUUUCAAAGGGGAAUUCUGUUUUAAUCAUCAUUUGAGUGGCCUUCCGGAAUCUACACCCAGGUUAUAUCUGUAUAGCUUGAGUUAGCGUUGUCGGUAUGACCCAAAACACUUUCCAGAUCAUUGAAAAUAUAAUCCGUAAAUUCGUCCUGCGAAUGAACACCAGAAGGAACAUUAUCACAUGCACACCGCAUAGCAUACGAUAAUACCUACCGGACCACAAUCCAUGGCGGAAGUCUGUUGGGGUGGUAAAGCUGGGGCAGUAGCUGCUCCGCCUGAGGUAACAUUCAUCGCAUUGACAUCCCAUCCCUCAUUGUACAGCGAUAAUUCGUCCAUGGUCUGAGCAAGAUAGUUUUCCGGUGUUCUGGGGGUACUGGCACUGAAUCCUGAAUCACCGCUUUCUUGGCGGCCGUGAUAACCGCCCAGGAAAGGAUCAGUCUGUCGCAUACUAGCCACUGGAGACAUUGGAGAGCCGAUAUCGUAAUCUCCGGGAGUACGUCGCAUACUGGCGUCCUAAUUAGAACAUCCUUAUACACAGCCACAUUUAUCGAUUAACUGUUGCAUAUUCGUUAAAAAGAUGUCGAAAAGGUAGUAGUUACAGUACAGUAUUAAAACACGUACAAUACGUACUGUCCAUCAGCAAACUCCGUUAAUGAUUAUAACGUGCCGUAUUUGUUAUAGUUACAACCAGCGUGCGACAAUGGUUAAAUAAAAAUUUCUUGUUCAAAUGCAUACCCGUAGUUGGAUCUCAUUAUUAUGUUAAAUACUGUAUAAUAAGAAAAUCCUUGCAAUGAUAUCAAGUUUUCAGCAAGCUUACCGUCGGAGAUUGUAAAG